GUGUGUGUGUGUGUGUGUGUGCGUGUGUGUGAUGCUAUUUAUGCUCGCCAUGUUAGUUCUCAUCGUUUGGACAUUUCUCUUCUUUGUCUUAUUUAAAUUCAUAUUUCAUGAAUGAAACACGUUGAAAUGACCGGGUCCCGAGCCACCCAGCGCCCCCUAGUGGAAGAACCCUCCGCGUCUCUCUUAUUUACCUAAACCUUAUUUACGCACACGUCAGCUUUCGGCGUUGUUUGGUUUUUACAUCGAUAUUGAAAAUGUCCAAUUCGGUGAUUUCUGUGUUUUCCAGGUUUCUGGAGGAAUACGCGUGCAGCACGCCGAACAGACUGAAGGUGAUAGACUCGUAUCUCCUCUAUAUUAUGAUGACUGGAGCGCUGCAGUUUCUCUACUGUUUAUUAGUCGGCACGUUUCCGUUCAACAGCUUUCUGUCUGGUUUCAUAUCGUGCGUUGGAUCGUUUAUUCUUGCAGUGUGUCUGAGAAUCCAGAUUAAUCCUCAGAAUAAAGGCGAGUUCUUGUCCAUCUCACCAGAAAGAGCCUUUGCUGACUUUCUGUUCGCCCACACUGUGCUUCAUUUGGUUGUUAUUAAUUUCAUUGGUUAAAGUGUCCACAUGCGCUGAUAAAAAGAUCGACCGUCGAGAAACAACCAAACCGGAAGCAGAGAAUAAAGACCGUUUGUUAUUUUCUGUUGCUGUGACAAAUCCUCAAACUUCCCAACACUACCACACGAACAGCGUUUCUUGAGAUGGGAUUCAUUUGGGCCCCGUUUCCGUUGUCUCCCGAUAAUCUGUGACGAUUGAAGAGAAUUCAGUCUAGGCUAACUCUACUGAAGUGCAUCUUCAUAUUAUUUUUCUUUUCGUUUCAAACAUGUUUGUGCAUGUUUCAUUAUCAGUAUUAUAUAAAUAUGUAUAUAUUUUGCUUAAUUCAGAAAUAAAAAAGUGUCUGUCUA